AUGUCGUCGGCGGACCAGUACGCCAAGGAUAUAGACCCGCGCUCGGGGCAAUAUACAGACACCCUCGAUCAUCAGCAGCAGCAGGCGCAGCAGCAGGCGCAACAGCUGACGCAGGGCAGCCCGACAAAGGACCACACCGACGCCCUGUCCGAGGAAGAGGCGGGACCAAAGGCGCACGAUGCCCACUCGAUCCGCGACGAGGACAGCGACGUCGAGCCCGAGCAGCUCAAACGGGCCCUCGGCCGCAGGCACCUCGUCAUGCUCGCCAUCGGCGGCAUCAUCGGUCCCGGCCUGCUCGUCGGGUCCGGCAACGCCCUCGCCAGCGCCGGACCCGUCGGCGCCCUCAUCGCCUUUGCCGUCACGGGCCUCAUCGUCUAUUUUGUCAUGCAAGCGCUCGGAGAGAUGGCCACCCUCUUCCCGAUUCGCGGCAGCUUCAUCGAGUAUUCGGGCCAGUGGCUCGACCCCGCCGCCGGCUUCGUCGUCGGCUGGGUGUACUGGGAGACCUGGGUCUCCAUCCUCGCAAACGAGUACAAUGCCGUCGCCAUCGUCAUCCAGUACUGGGAGCCCGCCCGAGCCGUGACGACGGGCGGUUGGAUCAUGAUCUUCUGGUCGAUCUUCAUCGCGUUUUCUUUGCUUGGAGUCUUGGCAUAUGCCGAGGCUGAGUUCGUCCUUGCAAGCAUCAAAGUGAUUGGCUUGAUUGUCUUCUUUAUCCUGAGCAUCGUCAUCAAUGUCGGUGGUACGGGCAACUUGGGCUACAUUGGCUUCCGCUACUUCCGCGAUCCCGGUCCGUUUGCGGGCACCGGCAUCGACGCCCUCAACGGCAUCGCCAAGAUCCUCGUCGUCAGCGCCACGCUGUACGCCGGCACCGAGAGCACUGCCCUGGCCGCCGCCGAGGCUGCUAACCCCAGGAAGGCCGUUCCGACUGCCAUCCGCUCUGUCUUCAUCCGCAUCCUGUUCCUCUAUCUGGGCACCAUCUUCUUUAUCGGCCUGAACGUGCCUUGGGACAACGAGCAGCUCGUCUCCGCGUCGUCCAAGUCGGCCGCCUCGCCGCUGACGAUUGCGCUGCAGCGCGGCGGCAUCAACGCCGCCGCCCACGUCAUCAACGCGCUCAUCAUCAUCAGCGUCAUCAGCGCCGGCAACUCGAGCCUCUACCUCGCCUCGCGCACGCUGCAGUCGCUCGGCGCCACGGGACGCGCGCCGCGCCUGUUUGCCUACACGACCAAGUCUGGCAAGGUGCCCAUCUUCGCCCUCGUCUUUACCAACCUCGUCGCUCUCAUCUCGCUCCUCUCGAUCAGCGGCGGCGCCGCCAAGAUCUUCUCGUAUAUCAUCAGUAUCUCUGGAGUGUCCACCUUUGUCAUCUGGGCUGCCAUCUGCGCUUGUCACGUGCGCUUCCGCUCUGCGUGGGUGCGUCAAGGCAACAAGGUCGAGGACCUGCCGUUCAAGGCGUUCCUCUACCCGUACGGCACGUGGUUCGCGCUGGUGCUCAACAUUGUCCUGGCCUUUUUCCAAGGGUACACGACGUUCCUCAACCCGGUCAAGGCGGUCGACAUUGUGGUGGCCUACAUUGUGCUGCCCGUCUCGGUGAUCCUCUACUUUGGGUGGAAGCUGUGGCACAAGACCAAGAUCCCCACGCUCGACGAGAUCGACCUCGACUCGGGCCGGCGCAACCUCAAGCACCUCGAUGAGAUCGAGCGGCUGGACCGGGAGGACGAGGAGAAGAGCCGCCUGGAGCGCGGGAAUCAGGGCUGGUCGAAGCGUCUGCGUGGCUACGCCGGCAGGAUCCUCACCUGA